CAUUAAAAAAAGGGCCUUAGAACAAUUUUCACCCCUGAGAAAAAAAUGCUGUGUCGUAAAAAUUCGAGCUGCGUGGAAACAGGAUCUGUACCAGUGUAUCUGAAUGUGUACGAUCUAACGCCAAUGAAUGGCUAUGCUUAUUGGUUCGGACUUGGGGUUUAUCAUUCUGGUGUUCAAGUUCAUGGGAUUGAAUAUGCUUUUGGGGCUCACGAAUACCCCACAACAGGGAUAUUUGAGGCAGAACCAAAACAAUGCGAAGGGUUCAGCUUUAGGAAAUCAAUCUUGAUAGGGAAAACAGAGUUGGGUCCUAUGGAUGUGAGGGGAAUUAUGGAGGAUUUAGCUGAGGAAUACAAAGGAAAUGCUUACAAUUUGAUCACCAAAAACUGCAACCAUUUCUGCAAUGAUGCUUGCAUCAGGUUGACUGGGAAUCCAAUCCCAAGCUGGGUCAAUCGCCUUGCUAGAAUCGGCUUCUUCUGCAACUGUGUUCUUCCGGUGACCUUAAAUGCUACCAAAGUUAGGCAUCACAGAAUCGAAGACAAAUCUUGUGAAGGAGAAAAGAAGAAAUUGACAAACGAUUCCAACAGAUUCACGUCGUCUUCGACCUCUUCUUCGAACUCAUCGCCUUCGAUCACUCAAUCUCAAACUCGGGGAAGAAGCCGGAGCAGACGCUCACUUCCCCCUUCUUCACCACUGAUUCUUGGCCCUUCAUCAUCUUGAUUGAUUUUUUAAUCUUCUUUUGAAAGCAGAUAGACCAUCUUAAUUGAUGAUCAUCAAUAUCUGGGACAAUUUUAUUGAGCCAAAUCCUCAGAAGAGAGGCAAAAAAGCAAAGCAAACCAUUGGUUUUCUUUCUCUCUUUCCCUUUGCAUUAUUGUUCUUGGUGGAUUUAUGAGUCUAACAUGGGGAAGUUUUGCAGGCAUGAAAUCUGUACAUUUGUAAGUCAUCAACUUUUAUCAAUGGUUUGUGCCUGUUUGAAUUUAGU